AUGCUAAACUUUAUACUUCUAUAUAAAUUUGAGAAUUAUGCGAAGAUCCCAUCUAAACGCAUUCUAUUUACCGAUGUUAAAAAUAUCACUGGAGAAGUAUACGAUAUCUUUUCUUACAUGCGUCAAUAUUAUCAAACAGGAAAUCUUACAGAGCAAGAUGUUGUUACAGUAACACCUUCAUCCCGAUAUGAUGUUGGCGAUAAACUCGGCUAUAAAACCUCAGUUGAUACAAUUUUAGGUCACCCAAUUACAAACUUCUCUGGUCGUUUUGUUUCUGGAAGAAAAGAUCCAUCCCAAAAUAUCACAAUCGACUUCCAUGCUGUUCAAAUCCAAAUUGAAAGUUACACAUUUUAUUGGACGACAGAGAGAUAUAUGAGAGGCUGGAAUUUUUAUGGAGUCGCACCAACUGGUCUGGAGUUACUCAGUUCUCCAGCUUUUCCAUCAUUUACUGGAGAAACUUUUAACUUUCCUAAUGAUCCAAGAUGUGAUGCAUCUACUAAAUAUUGUAAUUACACAUCUUAUUUCCACGUUAACGUCGAUAAAAUUGGAACAUAUUCGAAGUUUGUUAUCCUAAAUACUCAUGAUAAUUCCAUCAAUAUUGAUCCAGUAAAUGCAGUUGGAAUGGCCAAAAUUCUCGUCUAUGGCGAAGUUAAAGGAGGAUUAGCCUUCCGAUCUCCGAUUAAACUGAAGAGAAAAGAGCAAUUACUCUUCAACUUUGGCAUGUUCAGUAGUAUGACAUAA